CUCAGUCAGAACUUAAACAUGGAGAAUCUAUCAACUGUGCCUUACUUCCUGCUCCUGGAAUUCUCAAAAGAUCGGCAUCUGCAGCUUCUACAUUUCUACUUAUUCUUCAUAUUAUACCUGGCAACUGCAACAGCAAAUCUUCUCAUCAUCUCUGUAGUGGCUUUUCACCAUCACCUACACAGCCCCAUGUACUUCUUUCUAAUGAAUCUGGCAGUGCAGGACCUGGGCAUUGUUUCAGUCAUUGUCCCCAAAUCCAUGAUUAAUUCCCUCAUGGACACCAGACACAUUUCUUACUCUGGUUGCAUUGCUCAAGUCUUUCUCUUUAGCUCCUUUGAAGCUUCUGAUUUCUCAAUCCUCACAGUCAUGGCAUAUGAUCGGUACGUUGCCAUUUGCAAUCCACUGCACUAUGAGAUGGUGAUGAAUUGGAAAACCUGCACCAAAAUAGUGAUUCUGGUAGGGGUCACAAGCCUUUUCUAUGGAAUUUUGCAUACUAUUGGCACUUUUUACAUCCCUUUCUGUUCUAAUGUUGUCAACCAGUUUUUCUGUGAAAUUCCAGAAUUGCUGAAAUUAUCCUGCUCUGGAUUCAAUCUGGUUGAAGUUGGAGUUGUAGUGGCCAGUGUCACUGCAGUAUUAGGUUGUUCUAUAUGGAUCAUUGUGUCUUAUGCCAUGAUCUUCAAGGCAGUGUUGAAAAUCCCUUCUGUGAAAGGACGGCAGAAGGCCUUCUCCACUUGUUUUCCCCAUUUCAUAGUCUUUUCCAUGUUUCUGGUGUCUGGAUGCUUGGCUUAUUUGAGACCUCCCUCUAACACCCCAACUUACUUAGAUUUAGCAUUCACUGUUCUAUAUUCUUUACUUCCACCUCUGUUCAAUGCAAUCAUCUACAGCAUAAGAAAUAAGAAUAUCAUAUCUGUCCUGUCUAAAUUAUGGAGAUUCUGA